ACAGAAAACAAACUGUUGGUUCGUUGUUGUAAAUCUGCUAACACUGUGGGUUUUUCCAAAAUCCUCAACAAACAAAAAAACUCGUUUGAUUUCAAAAUUUGUCCAAAGCCAAGCAAACAGAUGAAGAAGGUUAAGCAGAUUCGCGUCUCAAAGCCUUUCGAUCUUCUCUCCGAAGAGCUCGUCUUCAUCAUCCUUGACCUCAUCUCUCCCAACCCUUCCGAUCUCAAAUCCUUCUCUCUUACUUGCAAAUGGUUUUACCAACUCGAGUCCAAGCACCGCCGAUCCUUGAAACCUCUCCGCUCCGACUACCUCCCUCGCAUCUUGACCCGUUUCCGCAACACCACCGAUCUCGAUCUUACCUUCUGCCCUCGUGUCACUGACUACGCCCUCAGCGUCGUUGGCUGUCUCUGCGGUCCUACGCUCCACUCCCUCGACCUUUCUCGCUCUGGCUCCUUCUCCGCCGCGGGGCUCUUGAGACUGGCCGUCAAAUGUGUCAAUUUAGUCGAGAUUGACCUGUCGAAUGCGACGGAGAUGAGAGACGCCGAUGCGGCGGUGGUGGCGGAGGCGAGGAGUCUGGAGAGGCUGAAGCUGGGGAGAUGCAAGAUGCUCACGGACAUGGGAAUCGGAUGCAUCGCAGUUGGAUGCAAGAAGCUCAACAUGGUUAGCUUGAAAUGGUGCGUUGGCGUCGGAGAUUUAGGCGUUGGCUUGCUUGCCGUCAAAUGCAAGGACAUUCGCAGCUUAGACCUCUCCUACUUGCCGAUUACAGGCAAGUGUUUACAUGACAUUUUGAAACUCCAACACCUUGAAGAACUUUUUCUAGAAGGGUGCUUCGGAGUAGAUGAUGACAGUCUUAAAUCUCUCAGACAUGAUUGCAAGUCAUUGAAGCUGUUUUUUAGAACAGAAAACUUGGUAUUCUCAGAAUAUGGCUUGAAGAAGAUGUUACACUUCUUCCUGAAACAUUUAACUUUUCGAGAGAGGAUGUAUAAACAGAAGCUUGAUGCAUCCAGCUGCCAGAAUUUAACUCAUAAAGGUUUAACCUCACUUUUAAGCGGAGCGGCAUGUCUCCAGCGACUGGAUCUAGCACAUUGUUCUUCUGUGAUAUCAUUGGAUUUUGCGAGUAGCUUAAAGAAGGUUUCAGCGUUACAGUCAAUCGGGUUGGAUGGUUGUUCUGUUACACCUGACGGUUUAAAGGCGAUAGGCACAUUGUGCAAUUCCCUGAAAGAGGUUAGCCUAAGCAAGUGUGUGAGCGUAACUGAUGAAGGUCUCUCUUCUCUAGUAAUGAAACUGAAAGACCUCAGAAAACUUGACAUCACAUGUUGUCGGAAACUAAGUGGAGUUUCAAUCACCCAAAUCGCCAAUUCAUGUCCCUUACUAGUCUCUUUGAAGAUGGAGUCUUGUUCUCUUGUUUCCAGAGAAGCCUUUUGGUUGAUCGGACAGAAGUGUCGGCUACUUGAAGAGCUUGACUUAACUGACAACGAGAUUGAUGAUGAAGGACUGAAAUCCAUAUCUAGUUGUCUUAGUCUUUCCUCGUUAAAGUUGGGAAUUUGUCUUAACAUAACAGACAAAGGGCUCUCGUACAUUGGGAUGAGCUGCUCAAAUCUCCGUGAACUUGAUCUCUAUAGGUCAGUAGGAAUAACGGACGUAGGCAUCUCCACAAUCGCCCAAGGCUGCAUUCAUCUGGAAACAAUAAACAUAUCAUACUGCCAAGACAUAACAGACAAGUCCCUGGUUUCAUUGUCAAAAUGCUCGUUGUUACAAACAUUCGAGAGCAGGGGAUGUCCUAACAUCACGUCACAAGGACUUGCGGCCAUUGCUGUUCGGUGCAAGCGACUCGCCAAGGUCGACUUGAAGAAGUGCCCAUCCAUCAAUGAUUCUGGGUUGCUCGCUCUCGCCCACUUCUCACAGAAUCUCAAACAGAUAAACGUGUCAGACACAGCUGUGACUGAGGUGGGACUUCUCUCCCUAGCCAACAUAGGGUGUUUACAGAACAUAGCGGUUGUGAUUUCAAGUGGUUUAAGCCCAAGCGGAGUAGUAGCAGCAUUGCUGGGGUGUGGAGGACUAAGGAAAGCGAAACUACAUGCCUCCCUAAGAUCGCUCCUUCCUCUAUCUCUAAUCCACCACUUGGAAGCUCGUGGUUGUGCUUUCCUCUGGAAAGACAAUACCCUUCAGGCGGAGUUAGAUCCCAAGUACUGGAAGCAACAGCUGGAAGAGAUAGUGCCUUGAAAGUGUGAAACAUUCUGAAUGGGAAAGAGGGUUUCUAUCGGAGCCAGAAGACAGGCCAGUUUUGGGAUGUGGCCCAGUGUGGAUUUUUUUUUUUUUUUUCCUUUUGAAUACCAGGAGGUAAUUUUUCUAGACCCGAAACCACAGCAUGUAAUAUUAGUUUCGUCCCAAGCGGCCCAAUGUGGAUUAGCUGGAACAUUUUUGGUCUCUUUUGUGUUAUUGUUGACGGCGCGUGUACUAACCAACCCCACACAACCUUACAUUAUAAGUUUAGUCACAUGGUGGUGAUAUGAAUGGUACCGUUGUAUAUGUAAUCUUUUUUUUUUUGGUUGGGUGCCGAUAUUAACGGACGUAACAGAGUCACAAGGGAUGCCCUCUCUGUUUCUUUUUUGACUUUUUCCUUCUCUCUUUUUAUGUGUAAUCAUAUGAGUAUUCUGUAA